GUGUUCAUUGUUUUUAUCAACAAACAAGUGGUUUAGUGAACUUGUGUCAUGCAUCAUAACAAAUUAAAGAUUAUUAUGAUUGGCCCUUGCGACAGUGGAAAAACUUUAAUAGCAAACUUUCUAUCUGAAUCCGUGAAUAUUGAAGAGGUCGAUGUUACAAGGCCGACACAAGGAGUUAGGAUAGUUGAAUUUGAACUUUCCAACUUAGUUGUUAAUGGAAAAAGUCACAACGUAGACAUUGAACUAUGGGAUUGCAGUGGUGACCAUAGGUUUGAAUCAUGCUGGCCAGCUCUUCGUGCUGGAGUAGACGGUGUGAUUUUAGUAUGCUCGUCGAAUAAUGUCGACACAGCUGGAAGAGAAAUGGAACUGCAUUACAAUUACUUCGUUUCACAACCAAAAUUGUCCACCAAACAAUGUGUCCUAUUUUACAAUAACGUUCAAGAUCCAGAGGAUAUGGAUACUUUAAACUUAUCUCCGACUUUUUCCAAAGUAUCGCAGGUCGCUGUGAACAUGAAGUCAGGAGGAAAUCGUUUAAAAAUAGACUUUUCAAACUACAUUGUAUCAGUUUUGCAAACGCUUAAUAAAGAUAAUCAAGUAUAGGUACUUCAUUUUUAUCUAUGUUGAUAAUUCUUACCAUGAUACUUACCGAUUGAUUUACA